AUGGCCACCCGUGCCCACAUCAUACGCUCGGAAUAUGAGGCGGAUACUGAGCGGGACAAACUACUGCUGGAAACGGGACAGGAGGAAGAGCUUGCGCAGGAGAUCGAAGCGCGCGAUCCUUGGGAGACGGAGAACCUGCUCACAAAUCGACGUGCGCCACCACCGCGGUUCGUCCCAGCUACCAUUUCCUACGAUGAAUGGGGUAACAUGAUAACCGGCGCCGGAGAUGAGCCCACUCGGCGUACAGGUGCUGGGCAGAAGGACGAAGUAGCAUCUUGGUAUCGAUCCCUCCCGCGCGCUGAAUCAUCUCCUGCUGUUGCCGCUACUGUCGGGACUGCUUCCGCCUUGAAUACUGCUUCAUCUUCCCGCUCUACUGCUGGACCUGAUUCCAGUACCCAAACUGCUUCUAAGAAGCCCAUACGUCACGAACAGAAUUGGUUUGCCUCAGGCGCCGCCUCUGCCUCCUGGUCUUCCGCCCCUCAAACGCCAACGCCUUCAACAUCACUGGCCGAUAUCCUGGCUCGCGAACCACCCUCGCGCUCUGCGCCACACACGCCACCUGUCUUUUUGCACCUGGCGCCUGACAAUCGUGGGUGGACAAUGAUGCAAGCUCAGGGUUGGGCAGAGGGCGAUGUUCUCGGACCGAGACGAGCGCGUGCAGGGUUGGGCUCUACACCACAACAGUCGUCGGACAGGAAGGGCAAGGGCAAAGCCAUAUCCGUGAAGAAGGAAGAAGAAUACGUUCGCACGGAGAACGUACUCGAUGACGAAGAGAUCGUCGAAAUCAAACAUGCACCCGUUAUCGACCUAACCCUUUCCGACUCCUCCGACGAAGGCGAAGAAGACCCUUCAUAUACGCUACCCCCGUCUCCGGCGGCAACUGUAUUGACAACGCGCUCUCCUUCUCCGGAUACGGACCCCGACGAUCCUCGAGUCGCGCUUCAGACGCCCAUUGCCACGCGUCUCAAGGCGGACAGGCUCGGGAUCGGACUCAAGGCCAAGACGACCGGCCCGCACAAGCAGAGCGUCAAGCGUGUGACGCACAAUGCUGCAGCGCUCCAGGCACACGUUCGCGCGUCUGAGCAUGCGCGCAGGGUGCGAGAGACGUAUGGGCGAGGCCGCAAUGGACAUGCGCGGAAGGACAGGGCGGAGCGGGAGAAGCGCGAACGUCUAUUGGCGUAUAUGAAUUCAUAG